AGCCCACCCGUCAUUCUACACACCAACGUAGUGAACCGUUGAGCGCUUGCCGUGGAGCGAUCUCGGCUCAGUUGUGCUGCGAUGCGAAGUUGCCUUAAAGGUAGUUCUCUUCGUUGCCCCAGUCGUUCCACACCUUACUCUUGUCCUUAUAUCCUUACUGAUAUUCUGACUAUUCGCGUUUCACUCCCACACUCGUUUGCCUAUAUACAGGCAUCCUCAUAAAAUAAUGUCUUUCGCUCUUCUCGCUCUUGGUGCUAUCGGCCUCGUUGCCGCGCAAGCCAGCGAAACUCCCAAGCUCACCGCGGAAUGCGUUGACACAAUCAUCUUCUUCGCUCGUGGAAACGAUGCUCACUACCACGACGGCCGCACCACGCCGUUCCUUGAUGCUACCUGCGCCAAGAUCGUUGCUGAGGGCAAUACCUGCGACUACAUCGACAUCCAGUUUGACGUAACGCUCGGCGGCCCCUGGUGCGCGCAAGUGAGCGAGGGCAGCACCAACGGCAUCUCACAGAUCACUGCAUACCAGGCGCAAUGCCCCUGCACGCACAUUGUGAUCGGUGGGUACUCGGAGGGAGCCAACGUUGUGGGCGACACGCUUGCGGGCGGUGGGUGCUCGGAUUUCACCACUGGAAUUGAUCCCACGUCUGCUGCUGGACAGGCCAUUGCUGCUGCCGUCGUAUGGGGAGAUCCCCGACACGCUGCCGACCAGUCCUACAACGUCCUCGACGGAUCCUCUCUGCAGGCUGCAGGCCGCGAUGCCGAGAGCCUUGCGCGUCUCCAGGCAUAUGCGUCUGUUCUCCGCAACUACUGCGCGGCAGGUGAUCCCAUCUGCGCUGGCGGUGACAACGUCACCCAGCACUUGAACUACUUUGACCUCUACACCGACGACGCCGCGACCUGGGUCGUUGGCAAGGUCGAUGCUGCCGCCGCUCUCUGCGAUGCCACCAGCUCCUCGGUUGCUUCCGCUGGAGCCACCACUGCUUCAUCAGCGGCUGGCCCCGUUGCCGCCAACAGCACCUCCAAUGCCGUCUCCAUCGCUACCUCCAUUGGUGCAACCCAAUCCGCAAUCGCUACCCCCAGCGGCGCCAAUGCCUCCUCCAUCGCCACUGUGUACUUGUAAAGAUAUAAUAGAGGGAUAGUGUAUUUAGACUAGACUGGAUCCAUCCUAGAUCAAUGAAGUUACGAGAAGAAUGAACGAAUCAGAAUGCAUCCAUGAGCAUUAGCGAGGGCAGUGUGCAAUG